UAAAUAGGAGUCAUGUGGUACUCAUUGGACUCCAGUAAAUAAACUCAAUAGCCUUCGUUUUAAUUUAAAGAAAAAAAAGUUAAUUCUACACAAACACAAAUACAACAAACGUCUAAAAAUAAAAUAAUUACAAGCCGGCAAAACGAUCGGAAUUUCCACAAAUUUAAUGUAUUUUUGAGAAAUAUGUAAAUAAUUGCGUACUGAAUAAUGGCGCUAUUGGAUUAUAAACAUUAUUUCCCUAUAGAUAGCAUACAAAAAGUAUGUGAUCUGUUUGAAGAACAACUACGCAGUGAGAAAGAGGCAGAUUUGGCUUUGUUUUCUAUUAUUGUUGGAGCCGUAGAAAAUAAUUUGACUAAUGUAAAGAACAGCGACAAAGAAAUGAAUUUAGCGGCAAAUAAAGUUGGCAAAAUGAAGUUUCCAUCUGUUGAAUACGAAGAAGUAAAGUCCCUGCAUGAACGGUUCGUGUCACUGAUGCGCGGAGGAGUUGAUGUGAAACUUUUAAAUGGAGUGUAUACCACCCGAGACUUGGUCAAAAGAGUUGCAGAUGUGGUUUGGAAUUCCCUGACUCGCAGUUAUUACAAGGAUCGAGCACACUUGCAGUCUAUUUAUAGCUUUUUAACAGGAAAUAAACUAGACUGUUUUGGUGUAGCUUUUGCAGUAACUGCCGGCUGUCAAGUUCUCGGCAAACAGGAUGUUCACUUGGCUCUAUCUGAAGAUCAUGCUUGGGUUGUUUUUGGAAAAGACGGUACGGAAACAGCUGAGGUUACUUGGCAUGGCAAAGGAAAUGAAGACAAGCGUGGAAGAUCGGUUGGCGAUGGUGUAUCAGCUCGAUCAUGGUUGUAUGUAGCAGGCAAACCAGUGAUAUGCACCAGAGUAAUGGAACUUGCUGCCCUUGUGUCUUCAAUCAAUCCUACACUAACACAGACUACUGAUGUCCACGAAGUUGCACAGAUGCAGCAUAGACUACUGUGGUUAUUGUAUGACAAUGGUCAUUUGGAUGCUUACCCCAUGGCAUUGGGGAAUCUUGGAGACUUGGAUGAAUACAUGAAAUUAGCCAACUGUUCUGUGGCUGAUGCAGAAUUGCCUCUUACUAAUGAUUCGGAAAAUUUACGACCUGAUGGUACACAGAGGCCGGAUCCUGCUACACUCUAUGCCCAAGCCAUUCGAUCAUCUAGAACUAAUUAUGAAGAUCGUCAUGUCUAUCCAUACACAUUCCAAGGAGGUCACUACCACCGUAAUAAAAUGUACAAAGAAGCUUUUCAUGCAUGGGCCUGUGCUGGAGAUGUCAUCCGACACUACAAUUACUCUCGUGAUGAUGAAGAAAUCUAUAAAGAGUUUUCUGAAAUUGCAAAUGAACUAAUUCCACAACUAAUGAAAGCUGAAAGCUCUGGACACUCUGCUAGAUCCAUUUUGAAAGAUCCAGAGUGCUUUGCAUCAUUGCUAAGAUUCUAUGAUGGUAUCUGCAAAUGGGAAGAGGGUAGUCAAACACCAAUACUACAUAUUGGUUGGGCGAAACCCCUUGUAAGCACUAUAUCAAAAUUUGAUGCUGAAGUGAGAGCUCAAGUCAACAUUAUAUGUAAAACUGACACAGAUGACCACUCAGAGUCAACAAAAGCAUCAGAGAAUGAAAAAGAAAAUGGCGAUAAUGACCAAUGGAAUAACAAUUCUGAGAAUACCGAGAUGACAGUGCGUGAACAACUUACGGCUGCAGUUAACAGCCGGCCGCGUGUCACACUUUACAGCCAUAAAAUGGCAGCCCUAAGACCUCUACUUCUAGCUGAACGAUUAAACACUCAUGCGCUGCAGUUACAAUUAACAGCGCAGAGUCAGUUGCAGCGACCUCAGGCGCCAACCAAGAAGAGACAUGUUGAUGACACCAACGCGUCUGUACCGACAGCACGUGCCAAGCGAGCUCGUCGCGAACGUUGAAGGCAUUGGUAAUAAUUUGAAUUUGGAACCGAAUACGCUUCUCUGUUAGACUGGUACGAAUUUACAGUCACGAGUAUUAAUGGUUGAGCCACUUGUUGUAUUCGUAUUUUACACGUGUAAUAUGCAAGUUUAGCAGCCGUUACCUAACGACAAUGCUAAGAUCUAGCCAUAGUAACUUAAAAAUAUAUGGCUUCUGUGAAAUCGAUGUUUCAACCGUGAUUUCUUUACUUACAUAGGUUUUCAGAAGUAACGCGAUACAAAAACUUUUCAAAAGGCUUUCAAUUAGAUUGAAUAACGAUAUAGAAUUAUUAUUGACUAAUUUAUCAAACAUUUGUGCAUUUGGAUGUUAUCGUGUUGCUAGUUUACGAGUGUAAGUGUAGUAAGUGAAGUAGCUUAGCCAUUAUUGUCCGUGACUGUACAUAUAUGAGUGAUGUAUACAAAGUAUUUUAUGUAGUUUAUGUGUUUCUAUUAGAUUGUUAAUGUUGCUACAUUAUUUAUUCUGGGUGAUAACAUGUAUUUUUAGAGUCGUCUUUAAAACUGAUUAAUCCACAAAAAUUAUCAUAUUAUUUAGUAAGAAAUAUUGUCUUAAGAUCCAUUUGGGUCAGGAGCAUAAAUUUACAUUUAAAAAGUUUUGUAGCAUGAGAUAUCCGCGUCGUCAAGACGAUGCAUUUUACUUUAAAGUUAAUUCAACUUAACUAGAUGUAUGACCUUUGCCAUCAGUUGCUACAUAAUUAUUAUUCAAUAGUAAUAAUUAAAUAUUACAUUUCAUAGUAAAUUAUGUUUUAGAUUAGUUCAGACCUCGGGUCACGUCGUUUAUGACGUCAAACGUCAAAUUUUUGGAGGACGAGAGAGUGGCGAUAUUCAAUAUUGCACAAAGUGUAAUGUUCGUCACUAUUAUCGUACCCCCGAUCCUUCAGUAAUAACAGUGUAUAAGUUUAGCUGCAUUAUAAGAAUGUUAAGAGCUUGUGGAGUCUUAUGACAUACAGAAGUUUUAUUUUAUAACAUUCAGUCAGAGAUCUACAUCCUGGACUAGCCAGUGGCUGGCCACUAAUUUAUCCAUAUAAAAAUGUUUCGCUCAUUUGUUUUCGUUAUUCAAAUAAUUAAUUAAGCCGUUAUAUAUUUUAAAUAGAGGAAGCUUCGUACAGUUGUACCGCAUCCACUAUUAUCGCGGAAAUCCCGCCUGACCACUAAGUUCAUUUUUGAAUGUCUUUAAGGGGGAUGGGACUAGAUAAAAACUAAGUUUUAUCUCCUGGGUCGCAGGAUCCAAGAGUGAACAAAUUGCAAGAGAUCAGGCGAAAAAGACCGCAGUAGUACACACAUUUUUCAGAUUGACUUAAAACGCCUUAAAAGAAGAGAGUAGUUUGCAUUUAAAUCUUUGCCUAGAUAUAGUGUAAUAUUCAUGAAAAUUUUGUUAGUAUGUAGGUACAUACUUGCUAAUGUGGUUUUAAGAAUAAAGUCAAAUUUAAUUAAACUUAUUAUUAAUUAAGUAGUUUAUGUAGGUAUACAAAAUGUUGAUGACAAUAAAUUCAACUUCCCUUGCCUCUACACAUUCUCAGUCGUCAUAUAAAAAUAAAAUUAUAUCAUGGUAUAAAAAUAAUGGCUCCAAAAAGCGGCCUCGCUGUUGCAGCUCUCUUGUCCAAUUUCAUGCCAUUUCGUUUGUUUAAAUUUUUCACAACUUUAUUUAAUUAGGCCGUUAAAUUCUUAUGAUGUUAAGUUUUUUUAACACUUUUCAAUUAUUCCUAUGAAUAAGUAUUGUCCGUGUUUUCUUUUAUUGUCGAUUGUCAUCAACACUUUGUAUAUCGCAGCCAACAGGUUGUAAUAUCCGUUCAACCAAACAGUUAGCCAGUUGGCUGCGUCAAUACUGGAGUACAUAAUAUAAUAAAUGUGACCGUAUGUUAAACAAUUAUGAGCAAAUGUUAGACGUAGAUGUGUAUGUAGGUUGUAUGUUCAAAUAUGAGAUCAUAUUGUGGUCAUUCUUAGUUUAAAAGAAUAAUUAACAAUGUGUUAUGGGAGACAUUUCUUUCACUUUGUUUUAUGGGUAUCUCUGCUUCAAUUUAUAUUGUUCAAAAAACGGAGAAUAUUGGAUGUGACCUACCUUCCAUGACACUAGAUAGUUUCAAGUUUUAUUCUUGACAUCUUUUUAAAAUUAUAAUAUUUAAUACAUCUAUCACUUCAAGUAUCAUAAUAGCAUUCACAACUAACUGCAUAGUAAAGACAGUUCAUAGAAAACAAUAAAUGCAAAUUCUUUGUAUCGACUUUGAACAACCCUUUCCAAAAAUGCCGAUGUACAAAUGUUUACUGUUCGAUGUAAUUAAACACCUACUGCAUCAAUUUUAUUGAGACAACAGGAUAAGUCAUAGUUUGGUAUACCAAACACUCUGUUUAUAAAA